AUUUGAUGUGCACGGGCCGAAACCACGCGGGGACGAAGCGACGACUGGCGAUCGGCAGGCGAAUAUCCAGAACCGCGAGCCAGCCCGCGAGGCGGCGGCGAGGUGGCGAUGGGCAAGCAUUGGGCGGAGGUCCGGAGCCGCCAGCCAACGCACGAGGCGGCGACGAGGCGGCGACAGGCGGGCACAUGGCGAGAACCCGGAACCGCAUGUCACUCUGUCAGAGCGCAAGUAUGAAUGUCUCUGUGCAAGCACUGUUUGCGGUAUGCAUGGUUUGCACUUGUUUCCUUCGUCUCUUCUUCCGCUCUCCUGCCGUAGAGGCGAACCGCUAUGUCGCUGCGAAGCAGAACAUGAGGUGUUCCGCCCUCUGUGGCGCCGGGGCCGCGGCCUCGCCAUUCGUGCCGCACUACGACAGCCAGUACGAGCCGACGAGGUCCUCACUACGCCGGCGCUUCGACGACCUGCUGUUCUUGUGGGUCCAGGAACCGGCUGACUCGGACAAACUUCGCGUCGCGCUGAUGGAGACGCUCAAGCUCGGGCUCGACCGCGAGUACAUCAGCCAUGGCGCUAUCGCCGAGCUGUUCGUCUCGCUCGCGGACGACCCCCUGCUCUGCCCCGCGGCGAGCUACAGGUCGGAGAAGUUGGAGGCGUGGCUCAAGCAGACGCUGAAGCACCGAAGGAGGCUGACCUCAGACCUUCAGGGGCGGGAUAUCUCUUUCGAGGCGAUUGACCGGGGCAACUCUCUCGAAUCCGGCGAUUCACUGCAAGCAGCGCUCUUGCGGACUGCGUCUCCUGUAGAUUGAGGCUAUAGAGCGCUCGGCUGAAAUAUUUUGACCUGCGCAUUCAAUCUCCGCUUCUUCUCUGCCCUCUCUCUCUUCCCUUUUCUCUUCCUCUUUCUGUUCUGCUUCGUCUGCUUCCGCCCUGGUCGUCCUUUCCUCAUCGGGUUUCGCUCUUUGCUUCUGUCCGCGAGAGAAAGGGUGCGAGUGCCGCUGGCAAGGCCAGGUGAGCGUACGCACGCGCGGGAUCGUGUUUCGCUCUUUGCUUCUGUCCGCGAGGGAAAUGGUGCGAGUGCCGCCGGCAAGGCCCGGUGAGCGUACGCACGCGCGGGGCUCCGCUUCUUGUUCCUGUCUUGUCGCUCUCUCACUAUAGUGCAACGGUGUUUUAAGCAAGGCGCAUAUUGCGCUCAUCCGUUUCACUUCGUCGGGCCGGGUGCAGAGAAGAGCGCAGGUCUCUGAGUGGUCUUCGUUAUG